GUAGAAAUCAAAGAUCUAUUAGUGAAUGUAUGUAGUUGAUGCUAAAUCGAAGCUAUGGAAAAAGAAGAAUAUCUGAUAGUACCCUCUGUCCAGGAAAUAGUAAAGGGGCAAUUGACAAAAGUUCCAGAGCGUUAUGUUCGUCCACAUCAUGACUAUCCAAUAAUAUCUACAACAACACCUUUACCCCAACUUCCAGUUAUUGACUUUACCAAAUUGUUGUCCCAAGAUCUCAAUCUCAAGGGACCUGAGCUUCAUAAGUUACACUCUGCCUGCAAACAAUGGGGCUUUUUUCAGUUGAUUAAUCAUAAAGUCAGCACUUCAUUGAUGGAAAAUGUGAAGAUGGGUGUUAAGGAAUUCUUCGAUCUUCCAAUUGAAGAGAAAGUGAAGUUUAGGCAAAAAGAAGGGGAUGUGGAAGGAUAUGGUCAAGCCUUUGUAAUAUCAGAGGAACAGAAAUUAGAUUGGGCAGAUAUGUUUUUUAUGGUUACUUUGCCACCACAUUUGAGGAAACCCCAUUUAUUUCCCAAACUCUCAUUACCAUUCAGAGAUGAUUUAGAGAGCUAUUCAAUAGUGAUAGAAAAGCUGGCCAUCCAAAUAAUUGAGCUUAUGGCAAAUGCCAUUGGGGUGGACACUAAGGAAAUUAGAGAGUUAUUUGGUGAAGCAACUCAAUCAACGAGGUUGAAUUAUUAUCCACCAUGUCCUCAACCAGAACUUGUGACAGGACUCAAUUCUCACUCUGAUGGUGGAGGCCUCACCAUCCUUCUCCAAGGUAACGAAGUUGAAGGCCUUCAAAUUAUAAAGGAUGGACUGUGGAUUCCUAUUAAACCCCUCUCUAAUGCUUUCAUCGUCAACAUUGGAGACAUGUUGGAGAUAAUAACAAACGGAACUUAUGAAAGCAUUGAACACCGAGCAACAGUGAACUCAAAAAAGGAAAGAUUUUCAAUAGCUACAUUUUACAGUCCUGGUAAAGAAGUGGUUUUACGUCCAGCGCCAACUCUUGUUACUCCAAAAACACCACCACUAUUCAAAACAAUUAGUGUAAUAGAAUUCAUUAUGGGGUACCUUGGAAAAGAACUCGUUGGAAAAUCAUACCUUCAAAGCUUGAGGAUCCAAAAUGAAGACGACAAACACUCUUAGGUGUUAAAUGAUCAAACAAUAUACAAAAAUGUCCCUGUAUUCAUAUAUCAUAAAGACUCAAUUUAUAGCUUUUUAAACCCAAUAACAGAAAGCAUCUAUAGCUUUUUAAAUCUUUCUGUUGAUAGAGAUAGACUCAAUUUAUUUUUGUAAGAU